AUGUCAGAGAUAAACACACUAAUCCUUUUAGAUAGAGAGGUGGAUAUGGUUACUCCUUUGUGUUCUCAAUUAACAUGUGAAGGAUUACUUGAUGAGUUUUUGAAUAUCAAGAAUGGUUCUAUAGAGCUUGAUGCGUCUAUUAUGGGACUUCAGCAAGAGGGGAAAAAAACUAAAGUUCCACUUAAUUCAACUGACAAGCUCUUCAAGGAGAUACGGGAUCUCAACUUUGAAGUUGUUAUCCAGAUUUUGCGUCAAAAAGCAACAUCCAUGAAGCAAGACUACACUAAGAUGACGACUACUAGACACAUAAAUCUCGCUCAGCAUCUGACAACAUUCACAUCAAAGCCUUCAUUUCUGGGGCAGCUUGAUAUGGAACAUACAAUUGUUGAGUCUCAGAGUUAUGAAAUAUGCUUUGACUAUAUUGAAGAGUUGAUCCACAAGCAGGAGCCUUUGACGACGGUCCUGCGCCUUCUAAUCCUAUUUUCCGUUACUAAUUCUGGGUUGCCAAAGAAGCAUUUUGACUACUUAAGGAGAGAACUACUACAUAGCUAUGGAUUUGAGCACAUAACAACCCUAAAUAAUUUAGAGAAAGCUGGGCUCUUUAAAAAGCAGGAGUCAAGGAGCAACCGGCUUACCAUAAAACGUGCUCUGCAGCUUGUGGUUGAAGACACUGAUACAGCCAACCCCAAUGAUAUCUCUUAUGUCUUCUCUGGAUAUGCACCACUUAGCAUUCGUCUGAUCCAGCAUGCCAUUCGAUCUGGAUGGCGUCCUGUUGAAGAAAUUUUGAAGCUGCUACCUGGACCUCACCUGGAAACAAAGAGGGGUGCAUUCUCAAAUAGCCCAUCAUUUGACUCUUUAUCAGGGGUUUCAACCGGCAUAGCCAAAGUACCUGAUGGGAGGCAUGCCCUGGUGCUUGUUGUCUUUGUUGGAGGUGUUACCUUUGAAGAGAUUUCUGCUCUUCGGUUUCUCUGUUCUCAGCAGGAAGGCAUGUCAUAUGAUUUAAUCAUUGCAACGACAAAAAUAGUCAAUGGACAAACCUUGGUUGAGACAUUUAUGGAGAAGCUAAGUUGA